AUGUCGUACAACGGUAUAGGCUUGCAAAGCGCUAAAGGGUCUAGCACUAGCGGGUAUGUGCAAAGAAGCAUUGCAGAUCGCUCCGGAAAACGUGGUGGUGAAUUUUUGAGAAGAAAACAACAACAGGAAAACUACAAGAGAGCUUAUGAGAUUACAGAAAGGAAAACGAGAUUCACAGCAGACAAGGCGAUUCUUGCCCACGAUAAGAAGCGUCAAGUCGAAGUCAAGUGCAUGGAUUUGAGAGAGCAACUAGAGGACAAUGACGAAGAUCUGAGCGACUCUGAGAUUGAUAAGAGAGUUGACGCACUGAGAUCAUCAUUAUUGCAAGAAGUUGAUAAGACUUCUGUUGAAGCGGACAUACGUAAUAUCAGUAAAGCUGAUCACAGUAAGCAGGUUAGAAAUGAAAGGUUUAGAGAAGCUGUUUCUAAUAACUCAAGGCAAGAUCAGCCAUUAGGACCAAGGCGGAGAAGCGCCUCUCCUGAUGAGGCCAAACAAUUCUUGCAAAACUUGAAAAUAAACAGAUCAAUGUACUAG